AUGUCUAAAGCGAUAGACCAAAAAGUUUACUUGCAAAAGUAUCUAGGUGGACCAUCAGGAGAUAAAAAGAAGAAGAAGAAAAAAGUUGUUAAAGGGAAGGGAUUUAAGAUAAUAGAUGAUGACAUCGACUUAUCAAAAUUGCGGCCACUAGAUGGUGAUGAAUUGGACAUUCUUGACGAAGGAGAGGAUGCCCCACAGAUAGCUGGUAUUAUUGAUGAAAGACCGGAAGAGAUAAAGAAACUAGAACAAUUCAAAACUAGCUCCAAAUGGAGGGUAGUUAAUCAGGAUGAUGGGUUUAAUAGCAAGCUACAAAUAGAAGAAAUAAAAAAAGACAUCAAAGAAGUCGAAAAAGAGAAUGAACUGAUUUUUGGUAAAAUGUACAGCGAUUCAGAAGACGAGAAAAAGAAUGAUUCUGAUCCAUCACCGCCAAGAAAAAACACGAAAGAUGACCAUAACAAGGCUACCAAAGCAGUAAAAAGGACUCAGAAUAAUAGCGAUAGCGAUUUUAGUCCACCUAGAAGAAGAGAUACCGGCUCUCCACCAAAAAAAUCUAAAUCGAACAAUGAAAACUAUGAUUCUGAUUUAUCUAUUCGAAGAAAGAACCAAACUCGGGAGUCCAAGAGUAAACAAAGGAAACCCAGUCGCUGGGAACAACUCGAUAAUGACAAUGAUAAAAAGUCAAGACAGAGGUCACCCAAUUCUGAUACAUCGCCAAGAAGAAAAAAGCAAAAAAGAGAACAAUCGCCAAACAGAAGAAACAAAGCAUUAAAAAGAUCCUCUAGUUCCGAUAUAUCACCACCAAGAAAGUCAAAGAAAGUUGACCGAAGCAAAAACUAUGACUCGGAUUUAUCACCCCCAAGGAAAUCCAGGAAAGAUUCACCUGAAAGAAAGAGAAACAGAACUCCAGAUUCCGAUUUGUCCCCUCCCAGGAAAAGAAAACAAUCACCUGUAAGGCAAGGGACGCAUGAAAAAUAUAACGCCAAAUACACAAAUAAUGACAGAAGUAGAAGCGAUCAUAGAUAUCCAGACAAAUAUAGAUCUCCCGAAAUUGAAAUGUCCAAAAAGGAUAAAUAUGACAGACAAAAAAAGUCACGCAGGUCACCAGAAAAGAACAAGAGAAAACAUGAUAGUGAUUCAGAUUUAUCUCCACCAAGAAAAUCGCACAGCAGUAAAAGGGGAGAAGAAAGAAACUAUAAAAGAAGCAGUGACAGUCCACCCCCGUCUAAUAAAAAAAUGGCAAAAACUCUUGAAGGAAAGAAAGCUGGAUUACAAGAUGCUGAACAGUUGAGGCAAGAGAAUGAAGCCUUUAAAAGAAGGGAAGAAGAGGCAUUUAGUAAAUUGACAGAUGAUGUUUCUGGAAGGAACGCAAAGGCUGUGUCUAGAAAUGCUAAAAGAGAAACAUCUGAAGAAAGACAGAAGAAGAAAGAAAAAGCAGACAGACAGAAAGAAUUGGAUGAGAAAUAUAAAAAAUGGAACAAAGGGAUUAAACAAAUAGAGGCUCAAGAAGCCAGAAUUCAAGAAUAUUUACACGAAGCAUCCAAACCGCUUGCAAGACUUAGAGACGAUCGGGACUUGGAAGAGAGGCUCAAGCAAGUGGAGAGAGAUGGCGACCCAAUGCUGCAGUAUAUGAGAGAGAAGAAGAUUGAGAGGGGAGAAUUAGGACCUGAGAAGCCAAAAUACAAAGGCAAUUUCCCUCCAAAUCGGUUCAACAUUCGCCCAGGUUACCGCUGGGACGGCGUGGACCGAUCCAACGGAUACGAGAAGAAAUAUUUCGAGCAGCAGAGCAAGAAGAAAGCGCUGGAGGAAGAAGCUUAUAAAUGGAGUACAGAAGAUUUGUAA